GGAUGUCUCACUAUGGCUGGUGAUUGGACCACCUUUGCUUCGACCUCUUUUUUUUUUCAAGGUUCUUUUUUUCCCUCUUGCCCACGGCGUGCGGAGUGGCGCCCCCAAGCUGCAGAUUAGCCUAGCUCCCCUAGAAAAGAAGAGCUGCCGAGGAGGAGAUGAGAUGGAAAAAGGCCUCUGCCAAGCUUCCUGGACAAGGUGGAGAGUCAAUUGCUUGCAGAUGGAGAGCUGUUCCACUUCGGAGGUUGGAGGGGAAGAGGGAUUGGGAGCGUUUAAAGGGCGUAUUGAGCCUGGUACACGCAAACUGCGUGGGGACGGGCGGGACAAAGAAAAAAUGGAAAAAUGGACAUGGGAAAAAAAAAACCUGGAAGAGCAAGCAAGCGGGAAAGGACAGAUAGGCGGUGGAGAGCCAGAUUUGAGGGAUCAGCAGCAGAUGGAUGCGCUGCUUCAGCAUGCGACUCAGUUGGGUGCUAAGCCUCGUACGGAGGGCACAGGUACGGCACUGUACAGUGCAGUGCAGUGCAGUGGAGUUGAGUGUGAUGGUACGGGCAGCCGGCCGCCGCGGGCAUACGGCCGGGAGAAGAGCUGUGUGUGCGACUGCCAAGGUAUCAGGUAUUAUCGACUGAGACUAAUGGAUGUGUCUUUCAUGUUUAUUAAUAGCUAGCAUUACUCAGUCCCAAGCUGGGUGCUUAGAGGUAUACUUGGUAUUACUCAACUGUUCUGUUGGAUCCUCUCACCUCACAUAAGGCAUAAGGCGAGCAUGGACAAGUGCCGUACAAACAGCAAAGCGGCAGCAGCGGCUUGUCAUGUCUAAGGUGAUCA